AUUGACUUCACAGAACGGUCUGAGACGCGUUUUUUUUUAUUAAUGAAUAAGUAAUACAACAAAUAAUGCAUAAAUUCGAGUUGUAUGCGCGUGAGAGUGUGUGAAUUUGUUGAAUCAAAAUUGCAGACAGUGUUUUGCUAAGCCCAUGCCCAUGCCCUGGCCCCUGCCCGCAGAGGAGUGCCUGAAGCGACGAUCAUUCAUUAUUGCUUCUUCUUCUUUGCGACGUGUUUCGCUUACCUGUCAAAACGCGAGUGUAUUUGUGCUGCGGCUCUCGCGAUCGCCUCUCUCCCUCUCUCUCUCUGCCUGUGUGUGUGUGUGUUUCUCUUUUUGCGCAUGCAAAAAGGCGGCGGCUUCAACAACAACCGCUUCUUGGAGAGCUUUCAAGUCGAAGUUCUUUAGCGGACCUGCGUCGGCGUCGCCGUCAUCGGCAACAGGUUAGCCCGCGCGGACAGCGCAGCAGCAGAGGCGGCCGUGUACAGAUUGGAACACUUUUCGACCCCCAGCCAUGGACUAUAGCAGCACAAAGAAAAGAGUUUCACAGAUUGAAAUGGACUUAUAAGAUGUAUAAUUAAAUUGGUUUGGAUCUCACUUCGAAUGUCUAUCGAUCGUUAUGCUGUACAGUAAAACAUGGCUAAGUCGACACUCUAUGCUGCUGGUGUGACCUGUCUGGGCUUCGUUUGCUUCGCCUUGGCAUCUGUGGCCAUUGGGAUACCCAUCUGGGGUUACUACGAUAGUCCAUCGGGUGGCUAUGACUUUGAUCGGGGAUACUUUGGACCGUUUAAGGUCUGCAAGCAAUUGACUUACAAUCGCGAGAAGUGCGGCAACGAUGUCUCCAAGUUUCGGCUGAGCAAUGCCGUCUUUGUCAGCGGCCUGCUGGCCAUCGGGAGCUCAGCCCUGCUGGGCAUCUUCUGCAUUCUGUCGGUCAUUCAGCACGCGAUGAUCUCGUCCAGGGAGAAGGUGGUGAUGCCCUACACAACGCUGGUGAUAGUGAAGCUGAUAUUUUCGCUGCUGGGAGGUGUACUGGCCAUCAUAGCCACUAUUCUGUUUGCCCUGCAAAUUGAUGAACAGGAGCGUUUCGGUUUCAAGAUAUCGCGUGGCAUAUCCUUCUACAUACAGAUCGUUGCCAUCGUGCUGUCCAUUGCCCUGUUUGUGGCCGCCCUGUACGAUGUGAUCUACUCGCGCAGCCCCGGCGGCGACCCCACCAUGGGCCUGGAUGCCGUCUCGCCGGCCAGCGCCACCACCUUCAACAAUCCGGGCUUUAAGGAGCCGCGCAGCCGCAACGGGGUCUCGGUGACGGAUGCCUCGGGCAAGCCGUACAGCGGCAUCAGGAACGGGGCCGGAACUGCGGGCAGUGUGGCCUCCAUGAGCACCACGGUGACGAGCGUCUCGAACGGCUCCACCCUCGACUCGGUCACGCGAUCGCCGCUGCGGUCGAGCCUCAAGAAGCCCCGCCCGCGUCCCGAUCCCACGCUGGGCAUACAGAAUCCGGGAUAUUCGGGCUCUGGCAGCUCGCCGCCCAUGCGGCGUAACGGCAGCGUGAAGAAGGUCCGCAUUCAGACGCACAGCACCGAGGUGUAGGAUCCAUAGACCACCCAUGGAUGGGUGGCCGCCCCCGGCCCCCUGCCCCCUGCCCCCAGUUAAGG